CACCAGAAUGGAAACGCUCCUCUGCGCGCUCUCUGGCACACCUUCCUCUCCUCCUCUUCAGACAUUUAGAGAAUCCUUUAAAGUGAGGAAGAUGAUGAUGAGCUGAACUUGAACCAUGCUCAGGUGGGACUGGGAUCCAACUCUUCUUCUUCGUUUGUGGAAUAUGUUACCAGGAGGUUUCCAGCUGGACUGAUGCUGAUUACUGAAACCAUGUCACGCUUUCUUCCUCUCCUCCUCCUCCUCCUGCUGACAGAGGUGAUGCUUUCUGUGUGAGGCUGCUCCAGAGUCCCUGAGACCUGGACUAAACAGAGGUCCCUGUUCCCCGUGUUUGACAGGCUGCUGAGAGAGAGCAAAGCCCUCCAGAUAAAGAUGUAAUAAAAGGUUUCCUGCAGAGUGAAGGGAAACAAACUGAGAGCCAUCCAAGUGCGUCAGAGCUUUGCGCCUUUACGCAUGGAGACAGCUCUGGACUGAGAGGAUCCUUCAGACUGGUUCUUUUUGGACUUGGACUAAAGAGGGACACGUGCUUCUACUCCUCCUGGAACAGAAAAUGAGGAUCUGUCUUCUCAGACUGGCACUCUGUGUGGCUUGCGUCCUCUCCAUCCGCUGCAGCGCUGCGCCCGGGACCGAUGCGCAGGCGCACACGGCGUCCCAGGAUACCUGCGCGUCCUGCGGCGUGGCUCAGCCAGAGGACCCCGAGUCCGGCAGGCUGAACGUGGACUUCCUGGAGGCGGUGAAGAGGCACAUCCUGAGCAGGCUACAGAUGAGGGAGAGGCCCAACAUCACGCACCCGGUCUCCAAGGCGGCCAUGGUGACGGCGCUGAGGAAGCUGCACGCGGGGAAGCUGCGCGAGGACGGGAGGGUGGAGAUCCCAAACCUGGACGGGCACCCCAUGAGCAACGACGUGCUGGAGGAGAGCUCUGAGAUCAUCAGCUUUGCAGAGAAAGAUGAUCUGGUGACGUCCAAGUCCAGCCUGUUCUUCCAGAUCUCCAACGAGGGGAACCAGAACCUGUACGUGACGCAGGCCACCCUGUGGCUGUACUUCAAGCUGCAGCCGUCCCCUCUGGAGGUGCGCCCGCGGAGGAAGGUGACGGUGAAGGUGUACUACCAGGAGCCCGGUCUCAGCAGCAAGUGGAACCUGGUGGAGAAGCGGGUGGAGCUGAAGCGCAGCGGCUGGCACACCUUCAUGCUGACGGACGCCGUGCGGCUGGUGUUCGAGAAGGGGGACCGGCGGCAGAACCUGGACGUGCGGUGCGAGGGCUGCGAGACAGACGGCGUGGUGCCCGUCCUGCUGAACCACAACGACGAGUCCCACCGGCCCUUCCUGGUGGUCCAGGCCCGGCAGGCCGACAACAAACACCGGAUCCGUAAGAGGGGUCUGGAGUGUGACGGCAGCAGCAGCCUGUGCUGCCGGCAGCAGUUCUACAUCGACUUCCGGCUCAUCGGCUGGAACGACUGGAUCAUCGCGCCUUCCGGGUACUUUGGGAACUAUUGCGAGGGGAACUGUCCGGCCUACAUGGCGGGCGUCCCCGGCUCCGCCUCGUCCUUCCACACGGCGGUGGUGAACCAGUACCGCAUACGUGGGAUGAGUCCGGGCUCCAUGAACUCCUGCUGCAUCCCCACCAAGCUGAGCACCAUGUCCAUGCUCUACUUCGACGACGAGUACAACAUCGUGAAGCGGGACGUCCCCAACAUGAUCGUGGAGGAGUGCGGCUGUGCUUGAGUCUAUGUGUGUGUUUCUUUAAGGAGGACUGAAGACUGUAAACACAUCAACACAAACACACAGACAGGAGAACAUGAGAGGACACAGAGACAGAGUAUUUAUGAUGGAGAAGAAGACAUGCGCACACACAACCUCAUCCACUCAUAGCGUCACACCUUCAUGUAUGCCUGCACACAGACCUGUACAUAUAUUUAUGUUUGUUGAUGUGUGUGUUACUCUCUGAGUCCAGGAGUCCAGAUCCGUCACACAGACCUGAAGACUUCUCUUUCAGACUCUGUGAGGCGGCGAGGACUCUGGAGGACUCGUGAAGCUCGGAGCCUUUACAGAGCAGCGCCCGGCGUCUCAGAGUCAGGGUUAGAGCGCCGGCACCGGGAGCAGGUCCCUGGUUAGGAUUGAAAGUCUUCAUGUAGAAUACAGAGGAGCCUUACGAGUCCAGGAGGAGAAGAGAGGGCUGAUUCAGACAGGUAGAGCAGGAGUCACAGAGAGAGGAGCGUUAAACCGUGACACCGUCAUGUUUGGAUUCAGAGACUCGUCUUCAGCCUCUAAAGAGAGCGAGCGACGGACUCUCUGUUUCCUCUCCUCCAGAGUCCGGAUCAAUGAGCGUCAGUCCCUCACCCGGUCCAGCUCUCAAAGUGAAUCUACCAAAUCUACCAGUGCCCUUAAACAGACUGCGCUCCUGGUCUCUGGACGUGGACUUUAAGAUUUGGUGAGACUGACUCAGAGUUGAUGAAACUUUACUCUUCUCUCAGCUUUGAAUGAUUCCUCCUGUUGAAGGAUGAAGGACGCCUCCUCUGGUGUUUAAUAACCACAGAUAGAAUCAGGACUCGUGUACGAAACGUUCCUCCAGUGUGAUGAACACGUGAGAGAGAUCUGGACUGACAUGUUUGGAUCCUGUGUGGCUCGGCUCAGAGGAGCAGCAGCGCACACGUUGAUAGCACUUACAGAUUGCCUUUAAUCCGCCCUCCAUCAGUCCAAGAGAAAUAAGUGCCGCAUGAGCUAUGCAAUGUAUAGAACUGAACCCCAGACGAGCUGAACCGAGCUCUUCUCAUGAACUAGAACCAAUACUUGAAACGUCAGAGCGGCGAGCGGCGAGCAGGAGGCGGAGAGUCCGGUCCGGAUUGAGGAUGUGUUUCAGGUUAAGGAUGUCAAAGAGUUGUCUUGAUGUGGUCUUCAUGAGGCAGAGGUUAGACAACAGAAGAAGAACUCUCUCCACCUUAAAGAGCGUCUCUGUCUUUGACUCAGAUCUUAGGGGGCAGACUGAGGGGGAGGGGGUCUGGGAUCUGGGGCUCAUCUAACAGGUUUUAGAUUCUGUGUUUCUGUCUCCGUUCUGCUGUCUGAAUGCAAUCAUCAGAUGAGACCUGGGAGAUUAAAAAAGGCUAACUGGGGCUAACUUUGACCCAGAUGGGACUCUGGAAUCCAGGUUUUGGCGUCUUAAUGAACGAGUCCCGCUGGAGUUCCCGUCAUGGCCUGUUUGGCACCGAAACACACUUAGAGACAGUUUCAGGUCUCCGUCUCUUUGACAUCACUUUCAGAUCUCUGCUCCAUCAUCACACACACACCUGCAGGGACACGUUCAGGUCCAGCUCCUCGUCUCUCUCCGCCUUCUGUCCCGUCCUCUCUGCCGCCGCCGCUGCCGCCGUGGAAGUCUUGGUCUCUGAAGCGUUGGAGCGUGGUUAUAAUAUUUGCACUGAGGAGCUGCGUGACGAGUCCUAAAGAGAGACGAAUAGAACCUGCCAUUGAAAUCAAAGUUAUUUUUAUAGACACAAAUUGAGUUCAAAUGUCCGAGACCGAAUCAUGAACCAAAGAGGCCGAGAGGUUUAGCUGCGUGUGUUUAUUGUAAAUGACUUUGUGACAGUUAAAGAGGCCUAAACACUGUAUCAGGGGAUAAUAUCACUCCAUUAGCAGCUUAACCUCUUUUCUAUUUUCUACCUAGACAUGGAAGAUUUCAUAUUUUUUCAUGAAUGACUCAAAUAUUCCUAGUUUCCUUUCUUCUGUUUGUUAGCUCUUGUUUCAGAGUCAUGUAGAGACACGCCAUCUGAUCCCUGUACAGUCCAUGUAACAUAUGAAUAUGCUUUUCAAUAUUUUCUUCUUUGUUAUUGUUGGAAAUAAAUUUCUUAUUACCAGA